AUGGCGGAAGAUAGCUCUGGCGGUGCUGCCAGCAUCGAGAAUCAGCUGCGGGAGGCUGCGCAGGAGCCGGCAGCUGAGACUCCUGGGGUAGUCGAAUCGAUCGAGAGCUCCAAGGCCGCCGAUGCGCCUGCCAGCCAAGUCACGCUCGUGCAAUGGAGGGCUAUGUCGGACGUUCUUAUAAGCCUAUACAACUAUAGGGAGCCAGACGGCCAUGAUCCUUCGAGACUUUUCCAUCGGAGUGUUAACAAGCGCAACGUACCCGAUUACUACGACGUGAUCAAGGAACCGAUGGCCCUGAGCGUGUUGAAACAGAAGAUCAAAUCCAAAGUCUAUACUCAUUUCGCGGAGUUUGUCAGGGACUGCGCUUUGAUCCCACAUAAUGCGCAAACAUACAAUCGCCCGAAAUCCAUGGCUUACGAGGACGCGCUUAUUAUCAAAGAUGUUAUGAUAUCCGAGUUCCAAAAGCUCGCAGAACAAGAAAUAAUCUCCCCCGAAACGGCUCAACUUCCUGACCUUGGAGAAAUCCCGGAGGCUGACCCUCUCCCUGCUGAGGAGGAGGAAGAAGAAGAGGAAGAAGAUGAAGAAGAUGAAGAAGCCGAAGAUUCGGACGAUGAAGCUCCACGUCGAAAACGUAAAGGCAGACCUCGUCUUAGCUCAAAACGCGAAAGUGGAGUGAACGACCUUCACAAGGGAGCUGAUGCUGAUGGACGCAAGAGACGAGGCCGCCCCCCACGUGUUGAUACCCCUAUGGAAGCUCGGAUCAAAGCCGUUCUCAAGGGAAUCCGUAAACUGAAAGACAGCAGCGGACAGAUGAAGGUUCGCCAUUUUGAACGUCUUCCGGAUAAAUCGGCGUAUCCAGACUACUACGUUGAGAUUAAAGAGCCUCUUGCUAUCGAUCUUAUCAAGAGAAAGUCAAAACGCAAAAAGUACACCUCCGUUGACCACUUCAUGAGGGAUGUCGAUGUCAUGUUCAACAACGCGAAGGCCUAUAACCUUCCUGAGAGCCAGAUAUACCGAGAUGCCGUUGAUCUGCAUCGAGAGGCACAUAGGCUUGCCGAACAGGAGAAGAACAAGGCGGACAGUGAAUACCUGAUGGAAGACGGUCGUCUACCAUUGCCUAAUGGCAUUACAUACAAGGACGAGGUCUGGCGGGUUGGUGAUUGGGUUCAUCUUCAAAAUCCAAACGAUGCGACGAAACCCAUUGUAGCCCAGCUGUAUCGGACCUGGCAAGACCCUGAGGGUGAAAAAUGGAUCAAUGCCUGCUGGUACUACCGACCCGAGCAAACCGUCCAUCACUUCGAGAAGCACUUCUACCCCAAUGAAGUUGUCAAGACUGGCCAGUACCGAGACCACCGGAUAGACGAAGUUGUUGAUAGAUGCUUUGUUAUGUUCUUCACGCGCUACAACCGUGGACGCCCACGGGACCUACCGCUCAACAAAGAGGUUUAUGUGUGUGAAGCCAGAUACAAUGAAGAAAAGCACAAACUCAACAAGAUCAAAACAUGGGCCAGCUGCCUGCCUGACGAGGUACGCGAGAAGGACUACGAGAUGGAACUGUUUGAUGCCCCUCGGAAGAUCAAGAAGAUUCCGAGUCCUAUCAGACAUCUCCUCAAAGAAGACGCAAAGGAAACGGAUGACCUCCCAAAGCCUACCUGGGGUGCCGAGAAUGCGCCGCCUAUCGUGGGAGCUGUCCAUUGCCGUCCACGCGAUGAGAAUGAGUCUCCUCCCCCAGAGCCAACACCUUCACCACCUCCACUGCAGCUUCAGCCGCCUGCUUCCUUACCAAUUCCGAGGCCACCUUCUAUGGUUCAGCCUCAUACGCCGAUGCAGCCUAUGCCCGGCCAAGAUCAUGUUCGACAUAACUCUAUUCCACACAUUCCUGGCCGUAUGCCUCAUGCGGCCCACCUUGCUACUUCCCCUCAACCUCCCAUGAUGCCAGGAGGGCCACACCCAUAUCACCCAGCACGACCAAAUAUGCCGAUGUACCCAGUCGCUCACAACAACCGUAACAUGCCAGUUCAUCCACAAACACCCCAGCCUCCAUACCAUGCUCCCCAGCCUGCACAGCCAUACUCAGCACCGCAUAACUUCCCUUCAUACCAAGGAAGCCGCUUGCCUCAAGCGAGCAUCCCUCCACCCGUUUACAACCCCAAUGCACCGCGCAGUGUAGAAACCUUCCAUCUCCGUGACGGCCUGGACCAAUCAAUUCCAAAGGAAAUACGUGACCAGUUCCAGCAAGACGACCAAGGGCGAGUUCUUUUCUUCAAUGUUCCACCGCUGGAUGUUGUAUCAAAUAGUCACCAGGGACUGAGCCACUCUCUGAAAUAUCUUGCAGCCAAGGAAAGACGGCUAAAACUGAUAGAAGCUACCCGGAAGAGAAUUUCUGCAUCUUCAGAAGAGUCUCAGACGAAGAAACAAAAGAUUGAAGCUGAAGCUGCGGCAGAGAAGAAACGGUUAGAGGACAAGGAAAACCUCCAUGCUGAAACUCUCAAAAUGAUUACACAGACUAUAACCAGGAGCAACUCAGAGUUCUACAUGUACCACUACGGUGAUCGAGCCGCAGAAGUUAUGGAACGAGACCUCCAGGCUCAUCUCGACAGAUGUUACCCGAAAUCCCCCAAGCCAAAAGAGCCAGAGCUGGUCCUUCGGCCAUCUGCGCCAAAGCUCCGCUGGAAUCCCAAGGGCCCAGAAUGA